AUGAAGAUCCCUGCCAUCAACUUCGUUCUCGCCACAGUGUUGGCGUCCGGCGCCGCCUUUACGACGACUCCCCUGCCCGGCACAUCGUCGUCGUCUGCAACCCAACUGAACAUUAUGACCACGUCCGACAUGUUCGACAUUCAAACGGGCCGUCCUCCCAUGGGAUACGGCAGGGGCUAUUACCCCCCAGCACCACGUGGUCCAGGAGGCCAAAGUUACUAUGGCGGCAAUGGAAAUACUUACUAUGGUAGCAAUGGCAAUGAUGUCUCCAAAAUCGAAGGGGGAUCCCGCCGGACCUUUGACACCACCUACAGCGAUUCCAUGCAGGUGGAAUUAGAGACGGACGGCCGUCCACUGAACGCCAAGGUUGAAGUGUGGGAGGGUCCCGACAAUACGCCUGCUUCCAUGACGUUGUGGAGUGAAGAUGGAAGAGCCUGGAAGUGGGAACAAGUGGGUUUUGCCAAUUUCAAGGCCAACAACGGAGGAUACGGCGGCAGUGUUGGCAACUCGUUGACCAUUGACAACACGGGUAGCUCCGAGUUCCCCAUUUACGCCAGUGCCAUUGUGGGAGGCCGCAUGAUGGGCACCUCGCGACGACAGACCAUGCGCAUUGAAGGCAACGGCGCGCAAGAGUCCUUUACCGUUUCUGGUCCCUGCAUUGUGGAAGUUUGGUCUCAAGGAUUCCCCUACUAUGCCAAUGUCCAAGUCUGGGAUGGUCCCAACAACGUCAAGCAGAGUGCCGAAGUUUAUUCCGAUGACGGCAGUGCUCGUCCCUGGACUGCCGUCAUUGACCCACCCAGUUCUGGAAGUACCAUUCAGAUCAAGAACCCAGGACCUCUCGAGUAUCCCCUCUAUGUUUCUAUCGAACAACUUGGCGGCGGCGGCGGCGGUGGUGGAUACUACUAG